UCAUGUUGGCGGCACAAUGGCGUUUUGUUCCCAAUGUCGCUUCACCCUAACCUCACACACUUUCCGCGUUCUCUACCACAAAAAUCGCCUUUCUUUUGACGUAGAAUGGCCGAGACAUCACCGUCGGUCCACCAGCGCGACCUCUCCAACAUCAAACGCCUGUUGUGGAGCACCGACAUCAAGGCGGACAUUUUCCGCCGUUGGUCUCAAGGCUUCUAUUUCAGUGCAAGCGAACCGACGGCCUUGGAACAGGCCGAAGGGGGCCCUUGUGCCAUCAUCGCCCCGGUUCAAGCCUUCAUUUUGAAAAAUUUGUUACUCAAAUAUAAGGAUUUAUCAUUCCGGGAGAUGGCCGUCACUAGUGACAUGCAGACGCAUCUUCUCGUCAACGCCUUGUGCGAGAUAUUGGAACAGUGCACCGGUCGCAAAUAUUUUUUAGUGUAUUUGAGUGACACAAUAAGUGACCAAGUGGUGCAAAAUGGGGUUGUGUCACAACAGCACACCGAAUCCGAAUCGACGGUUUUUCACGAGGGGCUCCGAAUACACGUGUUUCAGGGCGUGGAGGAGGUUAGGAAGUAUUACAUUGAGAAUAUCAACCACUUGAAGUCACAAUACGGAAUUUUGUUAUUUUUAUAUUCGGUCAUUUUGACACGGGGAUUGGAAGAGGUCCAAUCGGAUAAUUCUAAUGACACCUCAGAGCCUUUAAUUGAUGACACUUAUGGUUAUGGCAGCCAAAGUCUUAUCAAUCUUAUGAUAACGGGACGUGCGACGACUUAUGUGUGGGACCACGAGCAGGAUGUUGGGGGUUUAAAACUGAAAGGUUUGGAGAAGCAAAGUCAGAUCGGUUUUAUCACAAUAAUGGAGCACUUGAGGUAUUGUACGGUGGGUUCAUUUUACAAAAAUCCGAUUCAUCCGGUUUGGGUUUUGGGCUCUGACACACACUUAACAGUAUUAUUUAGUACAGAAAGACGGCUCGUGAGCCCCGAAACUAAAACCGACCAAGCGAAGCGAGUGUUUAAACAUUUCGAUCCUGACGGAAAUAACUUCAUAAGUUCGUCUCUAUUGCAAGAUGUGCUCCAAGCCCUUGAUCUAGUCAGUGAAGAGGAGUAUGUAGAAGUCAUGCGGAAAAAACUGGACCCGGAAAAUUUAGGCAUAAUUCUGUUAAAUAGUUUUAUGGAUGAGUUUUUCCCCAAGGAGGAUAAUCCAAUGCCCGAUGUGUUUUCAUUGGUGCAUUACAAUAGCCUGGCGCAGAGUAAUUUGGACGGACAAAUACGGUACAGGAUAGGUGAAUGCGUUUUAUUGGAGUCGGACUUGAGGGCCGUCAGUGAGUCAAAUCCCAUGUUGACGGUGUUGCAAACCAAGUGGCCAAAUAUAGAAGUUCGAUGGAACGAGUUAGGGACACCUUCUUUGAACUAGUGACAAUUUUAUUUCGCAUUUAUUUAAUUUCUACAAUCGGAUAUAAUUUUGUUGUUGCAUUUUUUUAAUAAACUGUACCUAUUUUUGAGCAUUUAGUUGGCGAAUUUUGUGAAUUCGUCGAAAUGAUGAAACGUGCAUUGUUAUAUUUGUUAAGCCGAAAUGUAUAAAAAUCACAAAAAUAUGUAUAUUAUGAAAGAUAUUUAAUUCUGUUAGUGCAUGUGUAUUUUGGAAAAACAAUAAAAUAUGUUGCAUUUCUCUUCC